UCUUAGCUCAUUGAAUGGCCUCAUUGUAAUACUUAUUCUUGUCGCUGGUUUGUAGUGCAGUGAGUAUGGUUUAAGUGAGUGCCUUAUAAGUUUCAUGUGGGAGCCAUAAUACAAUUACCUAGUAAUAAAUUACAAAUUUGGUUUUUGGAUUUAACGAUUCUAGAAAGCCACCUUUAUUUCUAUCCAUAACACGCUAAGUAAGGGACAUUCAUGGUUUCUAGCGUCUGGCGUUGAAAUUGUCAAUAUAAUUAUCAUUACAGUAUAAUGUAGCUGUUAUUUAGUAGUUGUAUAUAGCUGUUAUUUACUAGCUGUAAAUCAGUGAUUUGUACAGUUGUAUUAGGCUUGACUUAGGAUAAUAAUUGGGGAUUCUGUAGGCUGAUUUCCAGGCAGAUAUAGUGGGAUCUGCUUGCUGAUUUUUAGCGCUAAUUAGCUCUGCUGUACCUAUAAAUACAGGAGCUUGUUUGUAUAACAAUUCAUUGAGAAAUAUAAGCUUUUUCUCAUAUCUUUGUCAUGGUAUCAGAGCUAGUUAUUUGAAAAUCUGCUCUUGUACUUCUUGUCCACCUUAAUAAUCAGUGUUUUUUUCUUUUAGUCCAUCUUUCUUGGAAUUCAUCUCUUGGUUCUUGUUUCUUUUCGAAUCAUGUCAUUGGAGCAAUCUAACAACUUUCUUGUUCGUUUUAAUGGGAAGAACUAAUCUGCUUGGUCUUUCCAAUUUGAGAUUCUUGUCAAGGGAAAAGAAUUAUGGGGCUAUGUUGAUGGAACGGAAUCUGCACCUGACUCCAAAGAAAAGGAGAAACUUGCGAAAUGGAAGGUGAAGGAUGCUCAGAUAAUGUCUUGGAUUCUUGGGAGCAUGGAACCGUUUAUGAUUCUCAAUCUCAGGCCUUACAAGUCUUCUAAAAGAUAUGUGGGGUCACUUGAAGAAAGUUUACAAUCAAAGCAACGCCGCCCGACGUUUUCAAUUAGAGCUUGAGUUGGGACAACUAAGUCAGGGAAGCAUGACAAUCCAAGAGUUUUAUUCUUCUUUUGAGAAUUUGUGGAAUGAAUACACUGAUAUUGUGUAUGAGAGUGUUUCUGCUGAAGGACUAGCUGCUGUCCAAAGUGUACGCGGGACGACCAAACGUGAUCAGUUUUUAAUGAAAUUGCGGGGAGAUUUUGAACCAGUCAGGUCCAACCUCAUGAAUAGAAAUCCUGUUCCUUCAAUCGAUACUUGCAUAGGUGAGCUUUUUCGAGAAGAACAACGGCUCGUGACACAAACUUUCAUUGAUCAGAAAUCACAGAAUUCUUCUCCAAUUCCUGUUGCAUAUGUUGCCCAAGGAAAGCAUAGAGGUGGAAGAGAUAUGAGUAAUAUCCAAUGCUACAGUUGCAAAGGAUUUGGACAUGUUGCUACUAAUUGCACUAAAAAAUUCUGCAAUUAUUGCAAGAAAGCUGGGCAUAUUAUUAAAGAUUGUCCAAUCCGGCCUCCGAAGAAAUCUGAGACUGCUUACAAUGUCUCAGUUGGAUCCUCAAAUGCUCCGAACUUUGGUCAGUCCUUUGUUACUCCUGAAAUGAUCCAGCAGAUGAUAGUUAAUGCAUUUUCAACUUUAGGAAUUUCAGGAUCAAGUGUCAGGGAAGAUGAUCGCGAAGGGGCCUAAAGUGGGACGUCUCUUUCCUUUACUCCCAUCACCUUCCCUAGUGUCAAAUUAUGUCUCUUGUAAUGCCGUUGAUUGUAAUAAUCAAGUGUGGCAUAAGCGG